ACUGUGAAUUGCCAAAAGUAGUGCUUGUUGGUUGACAAUUGCAGGGCGCGCUUCGUUUGAACUGCUAAAGACGCGCCAUCCCAUCCCCGUCGGCCCAAGCCCCGCAACUCGGGGAACGACGAAUGAAGAUAAUUUUUGAGGUGACUCAAUUUCGCUGGCAGUGUACCAAAACACGGAAGAAAAAUUACAACUCACAUGUUACAAGUACACACGAAUCACACGAAAACUGCCCCUGAUUCCUUUUCCAUAUCUCAUGAACGCUGAAGUGUACGCAAACUAAAGUCAGUAGUCUGGCGGAGAAAUUCCUUUUGUCGAACCCCGCUAUUAUAGAUCAACAUGCCCAUGCUCAAGGACCCCUCGAAGAAGUACAAGAGGUUUCCUCCUCUUGCACUCAAAGACAGACAAUGGCCAGACAAAACCAUUGACAGACCUCCACGCUGGUUGAGCACUGACUUACGCGAUGGCAAUCAAAGUUUAGUCGAUCCUAUGGACGGUGAGCAAAAAUGGACGUACUUCAAGAUGUUAUGCGAGCUUGGGUACAAAGAAAUCGAAGUCUCCUUCCCCUCCGCCUCCCAAACCGACUUCGAUUUCACACGCCGUCUUGUCGAAACCCCAGGCGCAGUCCCCGACGAUGUCUGGCUCCAAGUCCUCUCUCCCUGCAGAGAAGAGUUCAUUAGGCGCACAGUCGACUCCCUCAAGGGUGCAAAGAAAGCCCUCCUACAUAUCUACGUUGCUACGAGCGAAUGUUUCCAACGAAUUGUGUUCAACAUGACGGAGGAGCAGAACUUGGCUUUGGCAGUCAAAUGCACGGAAUAUGCGAGGUCAAUUACAAAAGAUGAUCCGUCACAAGCUGGCACAGAGUGGGCUUUUGAAUUCAGUCCAGAGACAUUCUCAGAUUCUCGGCCUGAAUUCGUCCUCCAGAUCUGCGAGGCCGUGAAGAAGGCGUGGGAACCGUCGGUGGAGAACCCAAUUAUCUUCAAUCUCCCUGCUACAGUGGAGAUGUCGACCCCGAACGUGUAUGCCGACCAGAUUGAGUACUUCUGCAGGAAUAUCUCUGAGAGGGAGAAGAUUUGCGUGUCCCUCCACCCACACAAUGACCGCGGCUGUGCUAUUGCAGCAGCGGAACUGGCGCAGAUGGCUGGUGCUGAUAGAGUGGAGGGAUGUCUUUUCGGCAAUGGCGAGAGGACUGGAAAUGUUGAUCUCGUUACUUUGGCUUUGAACUUAUAUACGCAGGGGAUUCAUCCUGGGAUUGACUUCUCGGAUCUUGGCAGAGUUAUUGAUGUCGUUGAAGUCAGCAACAAGAUUCCAGUCCAUCCCAGAGCUCCUUAUGGUGGCUCUCUUGUUGUCUGUGCCUUCAGUGGCUCGCAUCAAGAUGCUAUCAAGAAGGGCUUCCAGCUUCGCAAGACAGAGGGUGCUACGAGCGAGACGAAAUGGCAGUUGCCAUAUCUUCCACUCGAUCCUCAGGAUAUUGGACGAACAUACGAGGCUGUAAUUCGGGUCAAUUCACAGAGUGGAAAGGGUGGAGCUGCCUGGAUUAUUCUUCGUAAUCUUGAACUUGAUCUUCCCCGUGGUCUUCAAGUUGCAUUCAGCAAGAUUGUCCAGAAGAAGGCAGAUGAAGUUGGACGAGAGCUUUUGUCAGCUGAGAUCCAGGAUCUGUUCGAGACUACAUACUUCCUCAAGGACAACCCAAGGUUUACUUUGGUGGACUACUCGAUCACCACCGAUAGAUCAGCAUCUCCAGCUCCACCGGCUCCAGGAAAGUCGGUCGACACCAAGAACCUGAAGAGAAGAUUCGAAGGUGUAAUUUCUGUUGAUGGCCAGGAACACGAGCUAAAAGGUACAGGCAACGGUCCCAUCUCCAGCUUGGCGAAUGCUCUCCAAUCAAUCGGCAUCGAGCUGGACGUUGCGGACUAUAAGGAGCAUGCUAUUGGAGGAGGAAGAGAUGUCAAGGCUGCCAGUUAUAUCGAGUGUACGGCUGCGGGAUCGAAUCAAAAAGUCUGGGGUGUUGGAGUUCACGAGGAUGUGGUGCAGAGUUCUUUGAUCGCUCUCUUGAGUGCUGCUAGCAAUUUCAUGACAAGCAGACCUAAUACCCCACUUUUACUCAGAGGUAAACAUGGGUCGAGGAUGAGCCAAGAUCUUGAUCUCAACGGCAGCCCAAAAAGUCUGAAAGCAAACGGCAAUCUCUCUAUCCCAAAGCCGAACGGAGUUCCUAAGAGUGGACCCGAUGCUGUGAGUGUUUUGGAGGCGAAGGCAAAUGGCAUGUAAUUCAGGGGAUCGCGGGGUGUACGGGACUAGCCUUCGGAGGAGGGGUAGUUUCAGCUUGCUUUUAUAUCAUGGGCAGCAUUUGCAUCGGACUAAAAAGUGAAAUUGAACGAACACUUUGCCUU